AUGAGUCUUCUUCCAAUCUUGUUGAUUAGUUGUUUCUUUUGUGUUGGUAAAGCCACAGACUGUGGUGGAAAUCAUGUUAAACAAACCAUCAUUGUGGGUAAAGAAGGGGACGCAGCAUUUAGUAGAAUUCAAGAGGCCAUUAAUUCUGUCAGAAAUAACAAUGAUCAAUGGGUGAAGAUUCAUAUCAAAGCAGGCUUGUACAUAGAAAGUAUUGUUAUUCCGAAAAACAAGCCUUGCAUUAUUUUAGAAGGAGAGGGUAGCGCAAGAACAACCAUUGAUCACAAGGACCACCAGUCGAUAAACAAGAAUGCUACAUUUCUUUCUUUCGCACCCAAUGUGAUUGCAAGUGGCAUUACUUUCAAGAACUCAUAUAAUGUGGCCACCGAUAAACCUUGCGAUUUGGGAAGCAGAAUCGAACCAGCAAAUGCGGCAAAACUAUAUGGAGAUAAAUAUUUCAUGCAUAAGUGUAGUUUUGUAGGUUAUCAAGACACUUUAUAUGAUAUUCAGGGACGUCAUGUGUUUAGAGAUUGUUACAUUCAGGGUGAAGUGGACUUUAUAUAUGGUUACUCACAAUCCUACUAUCAGAACUGUUUGAUCAAUGCUGUCGGGAGAAAUCGAAAUUUACCAGGUUUUGUGACAGCUCAGGGAAGAGAAUCAGCAGAUGAUCGUAGUGGUUUUGUAUUCGAAGGAGGUUUGAUUAAAGGGAAUGGUAAAGUGAAUUUAGGAAGAGCAUGGAAACCCUAUUCAAGAGUCAUAUUUCGUAAUACAUAUUUUUCUGACAUUGUAACUCCUCAAGGUUGGGUUGCUUGGUCAGCCGCUAAUAAUCCGAGCACGACCACUUAUGCUGAAGUUGAUUGUAAGGGACCAGGAGCUGAUACUUCCAAGCGUGUUCCGUGGAUGAAGAAACUACGUUCUUCAGACUUGAAUGAGUUAUCUUUUGAGUCUUUUAUCAAUAGCGACGGAUGGUUUGACAACUUACCAACAGUGUCUUAA